GGAGCCAGUUUGGAUAAUGGCUUAGGCCUGGUAAAGGCAGCCGUCUCUGGUGGCAGAGAAAGCCAAGGGGUUACAGGCACUCUCGUAUCUAGCAUCUUUAAACACUAAAAGCAAACUCUUCAACUUUCACUUUGUGGUUUUGUCAUUGAAGGCUCACCAGCCCAUCCAUGAUGGCCAGACCCCUCAGGGGACCUUACACUAACUAGUUGUGCAGGUGGACGCUGGGACAGUCGCUGUUGUUCAAGUCCAUGCUGGUCUGAAAAGAGUUUCAUUCAAAACAAAGAGAAGGACGAAGCCCAUCUCUGACUCCUGAGCCUCAUGGCACAGCCAGCCAGCCAGCUGGGCACCACAGAUGGAAAGAGCCCCUCGCUGAGGCUCUACCAGGUGGUGCCAGGACCCUUCAGAAUGUAAAGGACCCAUGAUUCAGAGUCCUGUGACCGCUGAGUGGGGCUGUCACUCUGUCGCUUUUUUUACCCUGUGGUCUCAGAAGACUCUAAGGGAGGGUUGAGGGAGGAGCAGGGGUGGGAGGGGCAAGGACGAGGGUGUCUUCUCUUACUACUUAAAAGGGGCUCAAUACCACUUCCUCCCAGACAGGGGUAGCUGGAGACAGAGACACAAGUACAGCCUUCCUGUGUGACUUCAGCUGCCCAGAAAGCAUCAUGGACCUGGGCAAACCCAUGAAAAACUUGCUGGUGGUGGCUCUCCUUGUCAUAUUCCAGGUGUGCUUCUGCCAAGAUGAAGUCACAGAUGACUAUGUUGGUGAGAACACCACAGUGGACUAUACCCUGUACGAGUCGGUGUGCUUCAAGAAAGACGUGCGGAACUUUAAGGCCUGGUUCCUCCCUAUCAUGUAUUCGGUCAUUUGCUUCGUGGGCCUGAUGGGCAACGGGCUGGUGGUGUUGACCUACAUCUAUUUCAAGAGGCUCAAGACCAUGACGGACACCUACCUGCUCAACCUGGCCGUGGCCGACAUCCUCUUCCUCCUCAUCCUCCCCUUCUGGGCCUAUAGCGCAGCCAAGUCCUGGAUCUUUGGGGUCUACCUGUGCAAGUGUAUCUUUGGCAUCUAUAAAGUGAGCUUCUUCAGCGGCAUGCUCCUGCUCCUCUGCAUCAGCAUCGACCGCUACGUGGCCAUCGUCCAGGCCGUGUCAGCCCACCGCCACCGCGCCCGCGUGCUUCUCAUCAGCAAACUGUCGUGCGUUUUUAUCUGGAUGCUGGCCCUGUUGCUUUCCACCCCGGAGCUGCUCUACAGCGGCCUCCAGAAGAGCUACAGCGAGGACACGUGGAGAUGCUCGCUCAUCACUGACCACGUGGAGGCCUUGAUCACCAUCCAAGUGGCCCAGAUGGUCAUCGGCUUUUUAGUGCCUCUGCUGGCCAUGAGCUUCUGCUACCUCGUCAUCAUCCGCACCCUGCUCCAGGCACGAAACUUCGAGCGGAACAAGGCCAUCAAGGUGAUCAUUGCUGUUGUGGUGGUGUUCAUUGUCUUCCAGGCGCCCUACAACGGAGUGGUCCUGGCCCAGACGGUGGCCAAUUUCAACAUCACCAACAGCAGCUGUGAACUCAGCAAGCAGCUCAAUAUCGCCUAUGACGUCACCUACAGCCUGGCCUGUGUCCGCUGCUGCGUCAACCCUUUCUUGUAUGCCUUCAUCGGGGUCAAGUUCCGCAGCGACCUCUUUAAGCUCUUCAAGGACCUGGGCUGCCUCAGCCAGGAGCAGCUCCGGCAGUGGUCUUCCUGCCGGCACGUGCGACACGCUUCCACGAGCAUGGAGGCCGAGACCACCACCACCUUCUCCCCAUAAGGGCUCCCCUGCUCGGACUACGAGCAACUCGCCCAGGGGCCCUAUAGUGGGGACUGGGAGCAGAUGCAAGGACUCAGGACCCACCAAAGAGCUGCUGAGGGAAGAGCAGGUCUGGCCAGUCAGGUUGACCUCAGGGCCAAAGAAACUGCUACCCAUGCUACCUCAACCAAGGCUGGCAGAGACUCUGCUGAGAAAUGAUUACCCAAACCAGGACAGCUGUCCCCAAACUGACAGACAAAAGUAAGAUUUGAGAGGCCAUCGUACCUUCUGGAGUGAAGGGUGUGGGGCUGGUGGACAUGCCCGUGGCGGGAAUGGACUGGUGUGACCUCUGCAGGAACUCUCUGCUAGCCUAGCAAGAAGUCCUGUGGAUUCAAGGACAAAGGUCACAUAUUCCAGAAACUCAGGUUUUGUCCCCCAAAGCCAAGCUGGAGGAAUCACUUCCUGGCUUGAGGAAGGAAGGGGAGCCAUGGACUGACUGGUCUGAUUAACUCUGACUUAGCUCCCUUCUUCCAGCCUCCUUCUCCACGGUCACCAAGCCAACAAGAGAUGGUGGUCUCCAUGCUCCCUCCGAACACUGCUGCCCCUCCCCUCUGCCCCUCCUCAGUUCUCCCCAGGGAGGGGGCGGCGUUUCCUGCCGGCCAGGCUGCAUCAUCAGCCUGAACGCAGUCCCAGCUGGGGCUCUGGAUGACCACGGACAAGUGGUCAGGCCUCUCCUCUCGGGUGGGAGGAAAAAGCUGGGAGGAGGGUCAGGGGCAAGGAGGAAGGUGGCCCUGCUGGCUGACAAAGGCCAGCAAGCUGCUUCUUUAUUCUCUGUCAGCAACAGAAACCUCUCCUCCUGUUCUGCUUUCAAUUUAUAAAAGCACAUAUUUUACUCAGACACAAAUAAAAAUUUCCCUUGAGGAAACAGCAGCUUUAAAAGAUGGAGGGGGGGAAUUCUUUGGUAAAGGGCAAGUGAGUGAGCUCUUUGGUAAUCCCCACACUCCACCUGAUGGCUCUUGCUCACUCGCUUGCUCUGCACACCCGCUCCGCACACCCCUCCACCCCUCCUCGGCAGCCUUCCUUUCUCAGCUCUCAGAAACAUGAGGUCACGGAGUGCCUCCAGAGAGAGGAGCCCAGGAGCCACAAGAGAUGGAAGGAGACUGGAGGGCAGGAUGCUCAUCUCGCAGGAGCCCAGGGCCGUGCGGGCAGCUGUGCACAUGGGAGACCACUCUGAGCAGAGAACGGAAAGGCCAGGUUGUGCCUGGAGCGUCUGUGCCAGGGGACCUUAGUGGACCCCAGCCGCGUUUGCACCCUGGUGUGUUUGCUGUUCCACCAGCCGGGAGCAGCCCUGGUCCUUGUCAGGCAGCCUUCAGACCGCCACAAACCCCUCUGAGAACUCGCGUUUGGUGGAACGCUAAGAGGUCACGGUGGUGUUCUAGAGUAAGGGGCUAGGAUGAGACAGGAGGCACAGGCUGGGUGGGACUCCUCCCUGGGUGCUGGAGAGUCCUCUUUUCUGGCCUCGAGUAACAGUGGCCCUCUGUAGCGCGUGUCUUAGUCCGUUCCUCUUGCCUAUAACAAAAUACCACAGUCGGGGAAACUUAUAAACAAUAGAAAUCUAUUCUCACGGUUGUAGAAGUGAGACGAAGGGCAUAAAGCCCACGCUAGUUCUCUCAAGCCCUUUUCUAAGGCAUUAGCCCCACUCCUGAAGGGCAGAGCCCUCCUGACCAGUCCAUUAUACCCCAAGGGCUCCAGUACCAUCAGUACAGGCUCAGGUUCCUGCAUGGGGCUGUUGGAGGGACAUCUCCAUUCAAAAGACAGCAGUGUAGGGAUCCUUGUGGAAAGCAGAGGGAGAGGACUUGAUUCUGUCCACCCUCACCCCACCCCGCCACAGCCCAAGUGUCCCUGACAUUGUUCCCCAGAGCCCAACUGUGUCCCUACCUUCCCCAAGCCAGAGAGGUUAGUCCAACCCACAAUGCCCAGGAAAGUGUUUGAAGGCACCCUAAGCCCUCUGAGCUUGGAGCAGGGUGUGGAUGAGGCAUGAAGGAGAGAGAGGCCAGCCGUUCACACAGAAAUAGGAUUCCAAUUUCCCCUAAACCCAAAGAAAAUGGAGCCCGCCCCGUAAGGAUGCCCAUUCGCUAAUCUUGGAAGCACAAACACACCCAUUACCCUCCUCCACAGGCUGCAGGGGGCUAGGAGGAUUUUAACACAGGCCAGGAACUGAGCACCCUGGGAGAAGCACGAGGAGACGGGACUAGCACCUAGCACGAGGCACGAGCGAGCGCAGCCAGCAGGCAGCGGCUUUCGGGAUGAUGGGUACUGAAUAUUAAAAGAUACAGCUGCGACUGUGUGACCACAGGCAUUGUGGCAGAAGGAUGAUGCCACUGAAUGUGUACGUCCCCAAGGGGAACCUGCCAGAGUGUGUGUGGGUGUGUGUAUCCUAAUGAGGUUACAGAUGGGAAAACAACCCUCAAUUCCUACAGGGGAGGAAUGUAAGCGAGCGGUCAUGGAAAAGGAAGCUGGGCCAACCACACAAACACGCCACCCUGGCUUCAAAUACAUUUUUCUAGUAUAACUGGACGUCUCCAAAUAUUUACAGAAACAACAAAACCCCCAGCAAUGUUAAUUCCCCAAACUGCUGUGUCUCCGGAGUUCUAACCUCAGCCCUAAGCUGGCUUGACCACUGAGGCCUGGCCUGAUGCACUCUUGUGCCUAUCUUGAACUGAAGGGUGUCCUCCAGAAGAGAAGAGAAGGACCCCCAGGGAGCCCACCUGGGUCUUCUUUCCCAUUCUCCCUUCUCAUCUGCUUGGUACAACAACACCCUCUCCCUAAGCUUGCACCUCCUCGCCAUCAUCCUAGAAUUGCCCACAGAACCCUUCGCUUCUUCAACGCUCCCCUGUUACACACACACACACACACACACACACACACACACACACACACACACACCAGCCCCCAUCCAUAUCCUCCCUGGCUGUACUCAUAGGUCAAAUCUCAGACAUUCCCAGGCCACGGAGCUGCCCUUCCUGCUGGAAGGUACCACCCCGCCUGUUUCACAGGUUCAGCAGACUGCCAGAGACCUCAGGGCACAGGGGCUGACCCCUGUCAUUCUCUAGAUGAAGGAAGGAGC